AUGCUCGACGCUCCACCAACCCUCUCCCGCCAGGGUUCGGUGGCUCGCACCAACGCUGUCGCUAUGCUCAAACGUGCAGCAUCCCACAGAGAGAUGAAGUCCAGAGCAGAUACGCCCGUCCUUCCCGGUGCUUUCCCAUCAGCAUCAGAAUCAUCCAAUCUCUCCUCUUCGCCAAACGCACUUGCAGAUGCAUCACAACUGACCGCCGAGCUCGAAACGAGUCAACUUUUGUCACCGCACUCUACUCUCGAUCCGUCUCACAAUCCAAAUCUUGCUCAGCACGCCGCAAUCACAGCUUCCAACCCGGCUUCGCCUUCGCUUAACCGCUCCGCAGAUCCGGCUAUGUCACAAUCCAGCUCCCAACAAAACCUCGUUCCCGCUCAUUCUGACAACGUGGGUGCUUCCACAUCCAAGCUGCCUGUUCCUGGUGCCAUACUGUCUUCUUCCUCUCCAAAUGGCUCGCACGAUUGCCCCGUAUCCACCGUAUCCCAGGAAAGAUCAAAUCAGAGACCUUUCAACCGCUCUCCAUUGCCUUCCCUCGAGCAGCUUCGUGCUCGCAUCUUACUCGAACGCGAAUCUGCCGGCUUGCAAAGAAGCGCCAGCACCAGCGCUGCCAGUCAAGCUGCACGCGCCUAUGCCCUCGAAAAGCUCCUCGGCAACAGCGGCACCGAUGUCUUUUUCGACCAUACGCCCGAUGGCACUCCAAUCGGCCGUGGUGCUGCCACCCCCUCACCCCCUCGCGUGUCUGGCAGGGACCAUGACGUCCCAGACAUGGCAUCCGACGACGAAUCCGCUCACAAAACCAGGCUCAAGCGCCAGUCGAUCAAGAACCGUCCUUUGCUCAGAAGAAGCCGCACCAUCAAUGGUCUCACCGCAAUGGCUGAAGCGCAAAACAAGGCCGAGUUUGUCCAAGGCGUCUUCCUCGCCGUCCCUGGCCCUGCAUCCAAUCGGAUCUCGCGCAUCCACCAACGUCGCGUUGAGCGACAGAGCAUGCUCAAAUCCGCCUCGAUCACCCCUGCCCAAGCACCCCAAGCACCCCAAGCACCCGUUGCCCAACAUGACACUUUGACCCCCGCUUUGUCCCUGGAUGCCCACUCAGAAGCGACUCCAACCCUCUCGCGACAACAAUCGCAACGUCAGGUAGCCAGGACAGAGAUGCUGCGCAAGCUCAGCACCAGAGGCAGAUCCAACGCCACGCCAACACCGCAGCCGUCCACGCACCAGCCUCAACCAACAGACGACACCACCUCCUCGCAAGAACACACCGUCCGACAUGCGAGGCUACCGCAAGUCAUCACCAACUCUCCUGCUGUUGAUGAGUCCAUCAGCCCCGUGGAGGUCGUCAUCCGUCCGCCAUCCUCUCCCGUACCUCCGCAUCUCUCGUUUCAAAGUGCCCAAGUGUCACGUUCGCCAGCACCAUCCUUUCGCGAAGCUCUCAGCCCGGCUAGCGCCGCCGGCGUAGAUGCACAUACCUACGCUGCUGCACCAUCCGAAGCAGCGUCAUCGCCAGGCUUGAAUCCUUCUUCGUCCACCGCAUCCCUAACCUCCCAUUAUGCGCACAGCACCGCUACCAAUGCAACCGCUCGCCACAUUCAUGAACGCAAUCGCGAAAGUGUGAUGGCUCUUCUCAACAACGAGGACAGCUUUGCACUCGACAUGUCGCCGAGCGCGCCUCCUACCUCGUUCGACGCCGAGGCAGCUCUCUCAUCAAUACGUGAUACAUCCAUUGGUGACAUUGCUCCUCGUGCUUCUGCGUCUAGGAAUGCUGAUGCCUCUGGCGACGAUGAGCUGCAACUCGACCUUGCCAGCGGUACACAGACAAGACAUACUGGCCUCGUUGGCCUAGGCCUCGAUUCGUUGCCCUCCCAAGGAGCUUCUGCUACAGUUGUGGCCGGUGCCCCAAGCAUACCUGAGGAGCAGAAACUCGGAUCAUCGCCCGCCCGGCAACAAGAUCCCAGUACCUCAAAGCGUGUCUCCAAGCUUCAGCAAAAGCUUGAUCGGCUUCGUGUCCAGCAGCCAACAACACAAGAGCUCUUGUCCAGCCCUGGCUCCUACACAGACGAAGAGUCGUUGGAGGAUGAAGCUUUUUACAAGCUCUACUCGCCUGCCACCGGUGGCUCCGAUGAGGAUGACGACGACGAUAGCGAUCAAAACGAAACAUCCGACCCCGCUGGUGCACCAGAAAAAGCGUCGACGACAUCAGCUGAAGGAUCACGUAAAAAGGCGCCUUCUGCACCAUCCGAAGUUGAGCGUCAGGCCAACAUGUCCGCCGUGCGAGGUCUUGGCCUUGUCACAGUUGGUGGCAUUUCCAAGCAUACCCAGCCAUCACCCAAAUCUCCGACGACACCUCCUGAACAGCGUCUCUUCCAUCGUGGCAUGGCCUCUGUGCCGUGUGACCCUUCACCUAGCACUGAGACCGAAUUUGGCGAGGCACGCAGAACGCCUUGGAUGCAUGCGAGUCCCGGUGGAUUCAACCUGCCGCUCCGCUUGUCCAAUUCACUCGUGUCGUCCGACUCGCCAGCACCCGAUCCUGGCGCUGCCACCAUGCACGGCGCGAACGCCUCUCGCAACGUACGAGGUGACUGGCCCAUGUCAAUCGCGAGCAGUGGAACCAAUCCACCGAGCAGGGAAAGUCUCGAGGGUCAAAGCGAAGUCGAGGCACGACUCAGGUCAUUCGAAGAGGCCAGAGCCGUCAAUGGCGUUCCUGCCAUUGGCUCGCCGCUAAUCGAGGUGCCAGAGGAUGAGUCAAUCAGGGAUGCAGAGCAUAGCGCUCCUCAGCCAACCGACACGAUGGCCGAGCCCGCCACGGCAGACUCGGAGUUCGAGCUCCUGGCCGUACCCACCUCACGUCAGAAACCUUCGCAGAGGGUGCAGGCCAUGCUCGGAUCCAGUUUUGUUGCCGAAUACGGCGCCGACAUGGACCUCGAUACUCGUUCCCGCUCAUCGGUCGGUGGAGACGAGCACAAUCAUCUCACCGUUGCCGAUCCCCAUACCAAUGGGUCGUCGCUCUCCAAUAACAACAGCAGCCUAUCGAUCAACGAAGCGAGCGAUGUCGAUGGAGAGGUGGACGAUGCCUACCUUCGCAAAGUCGAUCGAAUGGCAGACAAGCUCGGCAAGAUUGCUCGCAUGAACAAGGCUCUGCACAUCGAGAGUGUGUCUGGUACCCCAACCACAUCGACGCGCGCGGCUGUCGCGCUCACCGCUCCGAAGCUCGAGCGCAGCAACACGGCAACAGGAAGCAGAUUCACCGAGCAUGUCUCCAACCCCCCUAAACCCCCUCACCCUCCGCAAAGUAGUCAUUCGCAGUGUCCAUCAGCGGACCUUUCUGCGUUGGUCGGCAACGAGAAGCUGCAUCCAUUUCCUGGUCUUUCCCAAGCUGGGAGCCCAGUGCAGAUGCAAGAGGCGUUCACGCCUAUGGCUGUUUCCAUGGCACCUCCUUCCUCGGCACCAGCAGGCGUCUCGGACACACCACUACAUACAAUAGCUUCGAAGGCCGAAAACGACGCCAAUGCUAAACAGAUUGGUCUUUUCUCCUCUUUGCGUCGCAAGGCAUCCAGCUUGCGACGAACACCCUCGUCGGCGGCAAAGGAAAGUGCAAGCUUCUGGUCGCGCCGUGGUGCCAAGAAGACGGAAUCACCCAAAGUCCCAACAGAAGCUAGUUUCAUUUCGGCCCCUAUCUUGACAGAAGCCACCCCCGGACCUGCUCCGACCCCUUCGCAGCCGAUCGUCACAGUCGAAGGACCGCAGGAUGAGGCGCUCAGAUCGGUAGCUCGGCGUGAGAGGGACAAUGACGCCACAUUCGAGCAUCGGCUUUUUGGCGGCCAAUCUACGGACAUAUCAGCAGCGGAAACAAGGGCGGCAGAAUUGCAGCGCAACGCUUCCAUCUCAUCGGUGGUCAGUGCUCGCGUCCGACCAGAUUUGCAAGACGGCACAGCUGACACAGACGGAUCUAUGUCUUCGGAUCACCACGCAGCUGCCGUCAAAUCGCUGGCACCUACGACCGCCGCAAUCAUCCAUCGCUACAGUCGCAUGCUCUCUAGCGCUGGUCCCACUCAGACAGUCCCAGGUACGACGCAAGAAGACAUGCUAGAUCCGCCACGCAAGUUGCUUGCCACUGACCCUGUCUUCCAAGUCAUCAGCGCUACGACGAUCAAGGAUCGGUACCUGUUCCUGUUUAACGACAUCCUGGUCAUUGCCAAACCCGUCUCUGCUCCGGGCGCUGAAGCGGGUCAACCUCUAGGCAAGAUGAAGCAAGCAGCCGUACUACCUUCCCUGUCGUGGAAGUUUAGCGUGAAAAACAUCCUCGAGCUGCAUCGACUCAAAGUCAGCGUCACUACAAACACGCGCACCGCGUCUGCCAAAACGCGUGCACAGAAUCCGGUGCUUUGGGGGUUUGUCUCGCACUUUAGCAAGGAUCCAGAUGCAGCGGUGCGCGCGCUUGUCGCCAAGACGGGUCUGGAGCCGACUCCGGCAUCCAUCGCACAGCUGCUCUACCAGACACCGGAGCUGGACCGUCACGAUCUGACGCAGUACUUGGGCCAUCCGUCGCGACGAGAGAUACUGAAGGCGUAUGUUUCGCAACAUCGACAUGUAGGCGUCUCGAUUGAAUCGGCUUUGCGAACAUUGCUGCUCGACUUGCGCUUCUUCACGGAUUUGGAUGCAUUCGAAGCAUUGUUGGUGUACUUUGCCCAGAGCUGGACGCAACACAAUGCGACGAUGAUCAAGCCUACGUUUACGGUACAGAUCGCAUCGGAUCUGGUGUUUGCGAUCAUGGCGCUCAACGAUGCUUUGCAUACUGGCUCGCAAGCCGGGCCUUCGUCGGUGAUUUCGCCCAACUUCCCGAGGCCGGUGACGGUAGUGACGCCUGGCCUGUUCAGCGGACCGUGCCCCGAAUUAUCCAAGAGUGACUUUGUCACAGUCUUUAGGCAGCACGACCCGCAGGCGGUGCUGUCCGAUCGGACGUUGAGCCGGAUCUAUCUCUCUAUCCGCUCUGAACCGCUUGUGCAGGCGCUGGAUCGGUUCGAACCACGAUUUACGAUCCGUGUCAAAGGCGGCAAGCUGCCUACGCGCUUGACAUACGCGCAACCGGCAGAACCGAUCACGCUGGUCAUCCCGGCUCCCGACCCGGAUCUGGCGAUCCGACUGUACGCACAGGAUACGUCGUUCGAGCCGCCCGUGUUGACCUUCUCGGCGUCCAACGAGGCGAGUUUCACCAUGUGGACAAAAUCGCUGGGACCGAAACAGAUCGUGUUUGUACGAGCAGGUCGAAACGCGCGCUUCUACGGAGGCAGCGAAAUCGACGUCACCGACUCUGCUGGCGGAACGCUGCAAGAGGAUUCACCGCUGCCGAGGAGUUUCAACGUCAGCGUGGAACGCGCGUUUAUGAAGCACAGUUUUACGCUCAGCAGCAUUUCGGCGGACAAGGAGGCGAAACGGUUCAUGUUCAGCUUUGAGAGUGCCGAAACGGUGGAGAGGUGGUGCAAGAUGAUAAGGGAGCAGGCGGAACGAUGUUUGAAGGAGAAAGCGGCGAGGUCGGCGGGGGAUGUGGGGGUGGUGAGGGCGAUGGAGAUGGCGAGCUUGCAGGUGUUGAGGGAGAGUUUGAUCGGUGCUAACGAGGCACAGUCGAUGGCUGCGCUCAGUCGGGCUCCGAUGGCGGUGGGUGGUGGAGGCGAUUCCGGUGCAGCCAGAUCGGAUAGCGUCCAGGCUAGUGGAGCGGUCCGAGCGGGACACGGUGGACUGGGAAUCUCGUCGAAUCCUGCUUCGUCCACGGGGCUGCGUGCACCGGCACUGCUGGAUCGAACCACAUCCACCUCUCGCACGUACUACUCUUCCUCUGGCGUAGGAAGGCACGAACGAGAGCUGCUCAUCCCAGCGUUGUCCGCCUCGACUGGUCACGAGAGCAGUGCGCCGGUAUCGGGCGAGAUGAAAGGACACACGAAAGCAUCAGCGUCGCUAUCGCUGUACCCGCCGUCGACGGGCCGAACACGGUUUGGUGGAGCGAAUGGCAACGGCGGUGGCGUUGGCGUCAACGUCAGCGUCGGCCGGAGCAACUCGGCGAGAUCCGCAUCUAGCCCUUACCCACCGCUGUCGACCGAAUCGCUCCAUGCUGGCACCACCGGCUCUAGCCACGAUGUGGGUCUUGAUUCUACGCGCCCGAUACCGCGCGCCGACGUCGCAGCCGAGAAGAUCCUACUCGGGACGCAGAUCGUCAGCAUCACGCGCCUCAACUCGCUCCUAGUCGGCGUAGUCGCAUUUCAUCAACAGCAGCUGACGUGA